UUUUUUAUAAUAUCAAGGGUUAAUCAAAUCAUCUAAAUUGGUUAUGGUAUUUUUGUACAUAUUAAUGUAAUCCUGCUUGAAUCCAAAAUUAAGGAUGAGUGUUAGAUUAAUUGCUUCUCUUUCUUUAAGAAAAUGUAAAGCGUUCCGGAAUAUUUCAACCGUUAAUAUUUUAUAUAAAAAUAAGACUUUCUUAAAAGGCAAAAGUUCUUUAUAUAUGCACAAUGAUAUAACAACAUUCAAUGCUUCCAAAGAUUUUUUUCGUACAAAAUAUACAAAAAAAUCUUCACAUAUGAAAGAUGAAGACAGUGACGAAGAAGAUAAAAAUGAAAAUAUUUUUGCAGAUGAACAAGAUUCUAAAAUUGUUAAAACGAAAUUGAAUUCUCUGCGGACAGACCUAAUAUUAAAAGCAGGAUUAGGAAUAGCCAGGAAUAAAGUUGAGACUUAUUUUUAUGAAAGCAAGAUACGAGUUAAUGGAAAAAAAAUAUUGAAAAAAAGUGCUCAAUUGAAUAUUAACGACGAAGUGGAUAUUAUUAAAGGCUUCAGUCAAACGAAUCCAUCUCAUUUACUUGUGUCAAGAGUCAAAAUCUUGUCAGUAGAAGACCGCGAGGUAGAAUUGUUUGUGGCUAUGAGAAGAUAUAAAAGUUUGGUUAUUGAAAAUUAUGAAGGUUCAAAUGCUUACAAAUCUUCUGAAACACCAUUAUAAAAUUUUGCCAAAAUUGACAAAUUAUUUUCAAAGCGCAGCAAAAUUUAUUAAACUUUAAGUAGAUUAUUUUAUAAAAAAAUAUAUUAAAAAAUUUUAUUUGAAAUUAA